GGUGGGGGCUCUGUGCUGAAAUGCUGCCGUGCGGAGUUUAGGUCAUUCUGAAACAGCUCCGCUCGCGCACAAAAGAGCCUGCAAAGUGAUAGCUGCAGCGGGCAAAGUCAAGCAACUGCCGUCUCUCCGAGCCAAGCGAUUUGGAUUUAAUUCUAUUCCCAUGGGAUUUAAUUUAAGGGAACGGCUCCCAACCUUUGCAUUCGGCAUUUCCCUUGUACUUUGCCUCGCUUAAGGUUGGAGCGGAAAGCUGCGGCCCAAGGACCAUGUGGUGAAAAGAAGGUUGGAGUCGAGGAAGUGGUUGGACUUAUCUGCUACACGCGCGCCUGACUGGGAGGGGAAAAAUCUGCGCCUCCAAAGCGGGAGAGAGGGGAAAAAAAGAAAGAAAGAAAAGCUCCCAACUUGGCGGAAGGCAGGAGGGAGAACCGAGCGUGCCGCAGCAAGCUUGCUUCGUGAAAAGGCGGCUACUCAUUUCUGAUUUUUUUUCUUUUUACCUCCCCCCCCCCCUUGAAGUCGUUCGCCGCUUUAGGAGCGACCCUCUGUCGGCCUGUUGCGGAUGCGACGUGUGAUGGAAAAGCGGUAGCUCGAAUUUGCAAAACCAGUUCGGCCUCUUCUCCUCCCGACUGCUGAAGAAACCUAGUUGGGAUUUUGCUCUCCAGAGAGAAUUUCCCGAGUAGCUCGAUUGUAGGGCAGGGCGCGCGCAGUGUAAGCAGACACCCCUUUGAAUGUGGGUGUUCGGAAGGCGAGCUGUUUGGGGGGGACAACGAGUUGGGGUGCCUCUCGUUCGAGGACCAGGAUUUUUGCGAGCGCUCGGCGCGAGAAAACGAAGAGAAACAAACUUGGCCUCUCGGAUCCGACGACAGCUGGAGAGCAAAGGUUGGGGGGAGCAGAGAAGGUUUCGGCUUCUGGAAUGAGUUUCCCUGCGCUUUAAGGACUUAUGGGAUCCUCGCACUCUACCUUAUGGAUCUAACUUAGCAGGGACGUGCCUUCACGCGGAUUUGCCAUCCAAAACGAUUUCAGAUGCAUGCCCAGUUCCUGGUGAAUGCCAGAAUUAGAGACCACUACCGAUGGAGUCCACAGGUCAGCAUGGAAACAGCAGUUCGUUAGUUGUCCAUCAACAGCUUUUUCUGGACAACCGGCAAAGGUUGGACUAUGAAAGAGAUAUUCAGCCAACUGCCAUUUUGUCACUGGACCAGAUAAAGACUCUCAGAGGCAGCAAUGAAUAUACUGAAGGUCCAUCUGUGGUGAAAAAGUCUGCUCCCCGGACAGCUCCAAGACAAGAAAAACAUGAAAGGACUCAUGAAAUCUUACCAAUAAAUGUGAAUAAUAAUUAUGAGCCCAGACCCAGCCAUCCUGGACAUGUGCUACAUCAACACAACUCAAGGGUUCCUGUUUUGAGCAGAUCUACAAGUACUGGAAGUGCAGCUAGUUCUGGAAGCAACAGCAGUGCUUCUUCAGAGCAGGGCCUUCUAUUAAGAUCGCCACCAUCAAGGCUGGGCCCGGGUCAGAGAUUUGAAAGGCCAAUCAGGACGCAACCCAAACCAUCAUCUUUGAUUGUAGAUGAUCUGAAGAGUCCUUUGAAAGAGGAUUCUACUCAACAUAAGUUUAUAUGUGAACAGUGUGGAAAGUGCAAAUGUGGAGAAUGCACAGCACCCAGGACCUUGCCUUCUUGCUUGGCCUGCAACAGACAGUGUUUGUGCUCAGCAGAAAGCAUGGUGGAAUAUAGCACCUGUAUGUGUCUGGUCAAAGGAAUCUUCUACCACUGCUCCAAUGAUGAUGAAGGGGACUCAUAUGCGGAUAAUCCAUGCUCAUGCUCCCAGUCACAUUGCUGGUCACGGUACUUAUGCAUGGGGGCCAUGGCUUUGUUUCUGCCUUGCCUGCUCUGUUAUCCUCCUGCAAAAGGAUGCCUAAAACUAUGCCGUGGGUGUUAUGAUUGGAUGAAUCGUCCAGGAUGCCGAUGCAAAAACUCUAAUACAGUUUAUUGUAAGCUGCAAAGUUGUCCAUCAAGGGGUCAAGGCAAGCUUUCCUGAUUUCUGGAGGGAAAGAUUCAGUUCCUCAGACACCAACUUUCAGAUAGUGGCUGACUUUUCUGUCAGUGGCUGACUUUUCUGUCUUCAUGCCCCUUUUUUCUUUCAUGCCCCAAAUCUUCUCUCACUUCUAUUGCUUAUCUCAAUGAAGGGCAAAUCUGAAUGCAUUGGUCUUUGGUAAGUGUGGCUCAUGUGCUGGUGUCUUUUUUCAUCUUGGCAAGUCAUCUCAGGACUCUGGACUCCUGAAAGAAGUAAUGAGGGUACUGGAUUUUUCUGAAGUCUUUUAUUCUGCAAACAACUUUCCAAAGAUGCUGUUUUGUUCUGUUCUAUUUUUAACUAACUUUAAUGACUUUCAAGUGUUUUUUUUUCAACUCUUCCCAUUCCCCCUUUUUAAAAAAGGCUGCACAAUCCAAUUAUUUCUCUUAAACAAAGUAGAAAGGAAAGGAAAGAAAUAUGGGUUGAAAUUUAGCAAACCUAAGUCACCCCCCACCUUUUUUUUUAAUUAACCACUUGCAUUUUACUCAUUCCUUGGCCACUAUUUUUGACAGUCCAGAUUUUAAAUAUUUAUCUUCAUUGCCCCCAUUACUGGUUUCUUCAUAAGCUUCUAUUGUUUUCAGAUAUAGAUAUAGCUUGCUCUUUAUAUGUGUGUGUGUGUGUGUGUGUGUGUAUGUAUGUAUGUAUAUGUAUAUGUAU